UGGGACCGGGAGCGCGGGGUGGCCGCGGGGCCCGGCCGGCCUGGGGCGGGGGGCCGCAGCCAUGAUCCGGGCCUUCUCGUUCCCGGUGAGCCCCGAGCGGGGCCGGCUGCGGGGCUGGCUGGAGGGCAGCCUGGCCGGGCUCUGCGAGUUGCAUUGGCUUCGGGAGAGGCAAGAGUACCGCGUGCGGCAGGCGCUGCGGCUGGCCCAGCCCGGAAUGGGGGGCGCCGAGGCCGACGACCAAGAGGACGCCGACGAGGACGAAGAUGCGGCGGCGGCGCGCCGGGCCGCAGCCGCCCUGGAGGAGCAGCUGGAGGCCCUGCCUGGCCUCAUCUGGGACCUGGGACAGCAGCUGGGAGACUUGAGCUUGGAGUCUGGGGGCCUGGAGCAGGAGAGCGGGCGCAGCUCAGGCUUCUAUGAAGACCCCGGCUCCACGGCAGGUGCAGACUCUCCCACAUCCACCUUCUGUGGGGACAGUGGCUUCUCCGGCUCCAGCUCCUACGGGCGCUUGGGGCCCUCAGAGCCCCGGGGCAUCUAUGCCAGCGAGAGGCCCAAGUCCCUAGGAGAUGCCAGUCCCAGCGCUCCGGAGGCGGUGGGAGUGCGGGCAGCUGUACCGCGCUCCUUCUCGGCGCCCUACCCGACAGCAACCGGGCCCACAGGCCCCGAAGCCUGCUCAUCCGCUGAGCGGAGGGCCCGCGCCGGGCCCUUCCUGACGCCCAGCCCCCUGCACGCCGUGGCGCUGCGGAGCCCGCGACCAUGUGCUCGCCCCCCGGCUGCCGACUCACCCGAUGGGGCGGUGGGCGCGGGACGACCCCUGGACGGCUACAUCUCGGCACUCCUGCGCAGGCGCCGCCGCCGGGGGGCGGGCCAGCCCCGGACCAGCCCCGGGGGCGCGGACGGGGGCCCACGGCGGCAGAACAGUGUGCGCCAGCGGCCGCCGGACGCGUCCCCGCCCCCCGGAGGCGCGCGGCCCGCGCCCGAGCCUCCAGUGGAGCGCGUCGGGGGCCGUCCCACCAGCCCUGCCGCAGCCUUGAGUCGAGCCUGGGCCUCUCAGUGGGAGUCGGAGGCGGCGCCCGAGCCAGCAGGGCCGCCUGCUGUCUCCUCGCCCCCCGACAGCCCAGCGGAGGGCCGCCUCGUGAAGGCGCAGUACAUCCCUGGUGCCCAAGCUGCCACCCGUGGCCUGCCGGGGCGCGCAGCCCGUCGCAAAGCGCCGCCGCUGACUCGUGGUCGCAGCGUCGAGCAGUCACCACCCCGAGAGCGUCCCCGGGCCACGGGCCGCCGUGGACGCAUGACCGAGGCCUCUUCAGGCCGCCGGGGCUCGCCCCGGGCACGUAAAGCUGCGCGCUCUCAGUCGGAAACCAGCCUGCUGGGCCGUGCUGCCGCCGUGCCUACUGGGCCCCCCAAGUACCCCACAGCCGAACGAGAGGAGCCCCGGCCGCCAAGGCCCCGUCGCGGCCCAGCGCCCACACUUGCGGCCCAGGCCGCAGGCUCCUGCCGUCGCUGGCGCUCCACCGCCGAGAUCGACGCCGCGGAUGGACGCCGCGGUCGGCCUCGGGCACCCACGGCACGCGGCCCAGUGCCCGGCCCUUCGCCGUCGGCCCCUCAGCGUCGCCUGCUCUAUGGCUGUGCGGGCAGCGACUCGGAGUGCUCGGCCGGACGCCUGGGGCCGCUGGGCCGACGCGGGCCCACAGGAGGCGCUGGUGGCGGCUACGGGGAGAGUGAGUCAAGCGCCAGCGAGGGCGAAUCGCCUGCCUUCAGCUCGGCCUCCAGCGACUCGGACGGCAGCGGUGGCCUGGUGUGGCCCCAGCAGCUGGUGGCGGCCACGGCGGCCUCUGGGGCUGGGGGUGGAGCCAGUGGAGGGGCGCCCGCGGGCCCCGCCAAAGUCUUUGUGAAGAUCAAGGCUUCCCACGCGCUCAAGAAAAAGAUCCUGCGUUUCCGUUCAGGGUCCCUCAAGGUCAUGACUACAGUGUGAGUUUGGAGAGCAUGGUGAGGUCUUAGCCUGGGGCUCCCCCUUCGUGGUCUCUGCACCUUCACACUCCCCGAUCGAUCGCCCACCCUUCCACGUGAGCCUUCCAAAGACCACCGCUUUCCAAAGACCCUCCUCACCGCCCCCCACCCCUUGUCAAUCACGUCUGAGUGGAUUGCGGGCUCUGCCCACCUGUCCUGCGGGAAGAAAGGCAGAGGAGGAGCCCUGUCUGAUCCAGGUCGGCUUCCGGCCUCAUGGGCAGGAAAGCUCCUUCAUUUUCUUCCUUUAGAAGCUCAUGCCCUCCCCCCAUCUCAGAUACAGCCCCUCCCCCUCACUCACCAAGUGCCCCCCUCCAUGUCCCUGGGUUAGGGGUGCCCUGGUUAGAGCACCCUGGGAAGGGGCGGGGCACCAACCUGGGAGAUCUGGGGGUCCAGUUCCUCCCUCCCCCAGCUACGGAGGACUGGGAGGUGGAAGAGAGAAGGAUAAGGCAUCUUUGGCUCACCCGCACGCCCCCUGGGAGGGCGUGGGGGAGGGGAGCCUGAUGACUCAGCUGGUCCAAUACGGUACUUUAUUUCCUUUUUUUUUUAAAUCACUGUAUUUAUUAUGACAAUGGUGACUCCCCACUGCACAGGGGGCCAGAUUCCGCGUGUUUCUCUAACCUCUUUGUAAAUAAAUGCACAGUGUUCCAUAC